AUCGCUAGAGGGCGGCGUUGUUCAUCCCGACUGCUUUUCACAUCAGUUAACUAACGCGGAGUCACGAAGAAAUGAAACAUGGCGGACUCGGACGGGAGACAGUUUGACGGUGUCAAACAUGAUAAAGAUGAAGAUGUAAAGUUGCAAGAAAUUGCACUGGCAAAGAAUGAAGGUAAGGAAUUGACCAAAGAAGAAAAGCAGCGUCUUAGGAAAGAGAAGAAGCAGCAUAAAAAGAAUAAAAAAGAUGACAAGGGUCCUCCAGAGAAGGAAAAGGAGAAAGAGAAAGCAUCAGUACCAGCUCCGUCAAAACCUGCCACACAGAGCCCAGCACAUAAAGGGGCUCCUGCACCUGUAAAUGCAUCAGAAUCUGCUGUGGCUGCUGAGAAGCCUGCCAAGAGCAAAGCAGAACUUCGAGCAGAGCGUCGUGCACGGCAAGAGUCAGAACGAGGAUCAAAACAGGGCAAGAAAGAAGGGGGGCAGCAAUCUGCCUCCAGCAAGCCUAAAGCUACCCCUAAUGAGCUUCAGCCAGUAGUGAAAAGGUUACCAGAGCACGUACAAGUGGACGACCCUGCUGCGCUGAAGAAGUUGGCCAAAAAGCUUGAGAGGCAGCAGGUUCCUUUGAGGUCAGAUUAUGGAUACAAGGUCAGCCUGUUCUCACAUCUACACCAAUACAGCCGGAAAAACCCUCCCACGCUGCAAAUCAGCAUCCCUGCCACAGUUAUUCACCCAUCGAUUGUUCGGUUGGGCCUGCAGUACUCUCUGGGCAUUAUAGCAGGAUCCAAUGCUCGAUCUGUGGCCCUACUACAUGCCUUCAAACAGGUUAUUCAAGACUAUAGCACCCCUCCAAAUGAGGAGUUGUCAAGAGACCUUGUGAACAAGCUGUCGCCUUAUAUCAGUUUUCUCAGCCAGUGUCGACCCCUUUCGGCCAGCAUGGGCAAUGCCAUCAAAUACAUCAAGAAGGAAGUCUCAAAUAUACCAAGUCAAUGCAAAGAAGAAGAGGCCAAAGGGAAACUGCAGGCAUGUAUUGAUAGUUACAUAAAUGAGAAGAUCAUUUUGGCCUCUGAAGCCAUUUCUAAGUAUGCUAUUGAGAAGAUAAGUAAUGGAGAUGUCAUUCUCGUUUAUGGCUGCUCUUCACUUGUCAACCACAUUCUGUGUAAAGCUUUUGAAAAGCAGAGGAAGUUCCGAGUCGUAGUUGUGGACAGUCGGCCCAGGCUGGAGGGCAGAGAGGCGCUGAGGCGUCUGGUGAAGAAAGGCAUCCGAUGUACUUACGUGCUCAUAUCUGCCUUGUCCUACAUUCUGCCUGAAGUAUCCAAGGUAUUUCUUGGUGCCCAUGCACUCCUUGCUAAUGGAUAUGUGAUGUCACGUGUGGGAACUUCCCAAAUUGCCCUGGUAGCAAAAGCCUACAAUGUACCAGUGCUGGUUUGCUGCGAGACCUACAAGUUCUGUGAAAGAGUGCAGACUGACUCUUUUGUAUCCAACGAAUUAGAUGACCCAGAUGACCUAAUUGUGACCAGAAAUGGAAAGUCCCACCUAGAGAACUGGCAGACUAUUAAAUCACUGGGGCUUCUGAACCUGGUGUAUGACGUGACGCCACCAGACUUUGUGGACCUUGUGAUCACUGACUUGGGCAUGAUCCCCUGCACCUCUGUGCCUGUGGUACUGCGAGUCAAGAACGUAGAUCAGUGAAGAGCAGACGAACACGGUUCUGCUUCCCUCUAGCAUCUGCACAUGAGAACCUGUGCACACGGGGCUUCUGGCACCCAGUAAACUUACUAUGACAUGGAACAAGCUUUUCAGAUUAAGCCACAGUUUAUGUCCUCAAUAGUGGGAUUGGAUACAUUUAAUUUCAAAUUGUAUAACUGGUCCAAUUCCAGUUUCUAAAAAAGUCCCCUAAUUAGAUUUUCUUUCAAAAUUCUCUAAUUAGUACUUAGAAUUGUUGUUCACAAGAUCAAGAACGCCAGAUAGCUUUGUACUUGUGUAUGUAAAGCCUGUGUGCUGUAUCUUGGUGGUCAGUGCAUAGACUUAAACAUAAGAAACAUCUAUCAUCCUUUUUUGGAUAGUUUCUGUUGCCAAAAUCCUUUCAUAGAUGUGAAAAAGGGAAAAAAGGAACAUGGUGCAAAUGUGUGUAAGAUGAUGGAAAAACAGCGUGUUGCAUAAGAGGAUUUGUUCGUAUUACCUUAAAAUAAAUUUGUAUUGUAUUGGAAACCUUGGAAAUGCUACUGAAGAAUACAUGGUUUAGAUAAAACAAACCAAAAAACUA